AUGCACAUCCAUCCACCACUGAGAGCCACCAACUUCCGUUCCGUUGGUUGGCAUUGAAUUGAGCAUGUGCAUCGUUGACAUCAUUGUCGCCUCUGAUCUGGGACAGACAUUCACCAAGAAUCCGUCCUCAUCGAUGAUACAACUGUCGAUCUGACAGCUUAAUCUCUUGCUUAUCACGAACACCUCCUUGGGCCCUUGGUUCUUAGGGGUUGGCCAUCCGUGCUUCGCCUCUUCCUGGCGGUGACUGGCUGCUACUCUCCGUGUCGCAGGUUUUAUGCCAUUUUGGUGCCGGGUGACGCAGUGGCUGCAACUUGUGCCUCGCAAGCUUGACGCUUUGAACUGCCCCUGCUAGCCUAACACGCCUGCAAGCCUCACAGUCUCCUCACUCCAGACAUCCUCCACAAUUUCGAACGACGGCAAUUUAGCUACCACUGACCUGCUCAUCCCAUCUACCACUCUUCCUCGGCCAUCAUCCUCACACCACCAGAUUCGCUCUGGAAUCUUCAUCCCUUUCCAUCUCUCUCUCUCUUGCCUACGUGCCCGUUCGAUGCUGAAUUGUUCGUUUUGAACAUUGGCAUUUGAGUGGUACCCUUCUGCAUUGGCCGAAGUAUCUGUGCUCUGGAAAAAGUUGGCACCACAAUCUGCACUUUGGGUGGGACCGAGGAGCCAUCCUCCCAGGUACAUCAGCUGCGAUGGCAGUAGUUGAGAAUGGACGUCCUAUAGACAGUGUCAAAGACAGACCCAAUGGGCACGCUGUAGGCCCGCCUACACGGCGACCUGCUCACCAGCGCCAUCGUCGGAGCUGGGCCUUCAGACUAGUCAACAACUCAGCGAGGCUUGCCAUAUGGUACUGCCUCUUCACCAUCCUAUUCAGCUGUCCCUCCUCGAGGACCGCCCUCACCGAUACCUCUCCGCGAAUAUGUGGACCGUACUUAUCCGCAAAGGAAUACAUCCAACCUCAUCUGCAACCAUAUUACGAUGAAUAUGCAGCUCCUUACGUUGCCAAAGCCGAGCCAUACGCACACCUGGUGAAUAGCCGACUGGUGCGACCUGCGUCCAAAAUUGCUGUGGUCAAUUAUGAGAAAUAUGCUGCUCCCAAGAUCGACGCCGUGAAGGCAUACUCUCAAGCGCAAUGGGACAAGACUAUCAUGCCUCAGAUCAACCUGGCCCGGGGAAAUGCUGUCAGAUUCUAUGAGAAGAACGUUGGACCCCAUGUUGACCAAGUUGUCGCAUCGGCCGAGCCGUACUACAUUCCGGCACGAGAUCAUGUUUACCAAGUGUACCGACAACAUCUGGUCCCAGCGAUGGAAUACUCCCGGCCACAUCUCCACAAAGCAUACAAUAUCAGCCAAGACUUCGCACUGAACACCGCAUAUCCUCUGCUGCGACAUGCUUGGUUGGACCUCGUUAUUUUCAUGGACGGCACUUUCUGGCCCUUUGUGAAGGGUCUUUACAUCGACAAUGUUAGGCCUCAGCUAGUCAUGAUCAAUGAGAGGAUUGCCAAGUAUCGAGAGAGCCGCCAGUUGAAGGCCGCCAUGGACGAGGUAGAUAGCACGCAAUCGACCUUCACUGCCUCUGCCACUCCAAGCGCAACCACCGGUAUAAUGGAUGAUGUGUAUGCUAUGUUUGAUUCGGAAGAUGAAGCAGAACCCUCCUCUACGACCACGUCCCAAGAGGCUCAACCGACCGCCAAAGAGCGUGUGAAACGACCGGUUGAAUAUGCCACAGAGGAACAAAUUACUGAAGAUCUUCGAAGCUGGCAAAAGAAGUUUGCUUUGGCGGCUGAUAAGGGUAGCGAUGACCUUCGAGAGCGAGUCACCUCUAUCGUCAACAGCCUUGUCAAGAGCGACAUUGACGGAGUUGGUCGAGGAUUGGCCAAAGCUUUGGAGAAGUCCGCGGAAAAUGAGCUUGAGAAGGUCAAAACAAAAAUAAAGUCAACUGUUGCUGCUCUUCCUGAAGAUGCGAGUGCAGAGGCAGUGAAAGGGGCAGCAGAAGAGAUUCUCGGAUCAAUCAGAUCCUCAGGCGCUGAGAUCAAGGAACGUGCUCGAAACGUCCGAAACUGGUCUCAGAACUUUGAACAAGGCUUGAUACAAAGACUUGAAGCUGCCUCGGCUUCUACUCUGGAGGUCUUGGAUGGGAUAAAAGACAUCGGGCUUCAAGAAGUUGGAAUGCGCUGGGCUUGGAUGGAAGGAGUCACCUACAAACACUGGGAGAAGUUUCAUGAGCUCCGAAAGAAGCUUGAUGAAUGGAAAAUCGAGGUUCAGGACGUUGCCAUGAAGAGCCCAGAGGCGGAAGAAGCAAUUGCCACGGCUCGACAAAUCCUGGAAGAAAGCAUGGCAAUCACCGAAGACGCGGCGAAAGAACUGGGUAGACUCAAGAGUGUUGCUCAGUGGAAGUUGAAAGCCCGCGACUCAUCGGAUGAUUUCGAAACUCGAAUUAUGCCAGCGGAAGCAGUUUCAGCUGCUUCGAGUAUGGUGGCCGAGCUUCAGGGUGCCCCUUCGGAAGCUGCAGAGUCCGUCAGCUCUAUUUUAUCGGAAGGCAGCGAUGCUGCUACCAAAGCGGCCUUGUCUGCUUCAUCUGCAGUCGUAGGCACCAGUACUGGCGCCGUGGAGUCCGCGACAUCCAAAGUUGACGAGGUUGCUGGUGAUGCCUUUUCGUCGGUAUCCUCAGUGUUGGAAUCUUCUGUUGCGGCGCCUAUUGAAUCGUUUGGUUCUGAUAUCAGCGCCACGGUUUCAGACGCGUACGAUUCUGCAUCUUCCGCUGUUAUUGGAAGUCCUCCUGGGACUGCCGAGUCCAUCCUUUCUGACGCAGCGGAGGCUGGUUCGAGCUUCACAGAAGACGUCACGGACUCAGCGAGCUCGGCAUCUUUGUCGGUUGAAUCUUUUGCUUCACCAUCAACAGACGAGCUCUCCUCAGCAAGCGCUACUGCGGAGGAUGUUGUCAGCUCCGCUUCCGCCGCCGCAGAUUCAGCAACCACUAGGGUUUCAAAAGUCUUCGGAGGUGCUAUGGCUGCAGAAGUGAAGGGUUCAAUGCCUAUUCUGGACGAUAUAUUUGACAACAACGAGGAGUCGACAUUCUCUGAGAAUGUUCAGAGCGUGAUCAACGAAGCUGGCGAUCGCUAUGCGGAGGUUUCUCGUGCAGUAUCUGAAGCCAUGUUCGGAACAUCUCAAGGCACAGUGGAAAGCAUCACGUCUGUCGCGAGCGAGCAGUAUGCCAGCGCUUUAGCUGCAGCUUCCAAUGUUUUGUAUGGUACGCCGACUGGUGCUGCUGAAAGCGUCGCAAGUGCUGCGUCUGAAAAGUAUGAGCAGGCUGUGGCGGCUGCGAGCUCAAUCAUCUUCGGAACGCCAACCCCUGUCACCCAGUCAUUACUCCAACAAGCCAGCUCCCUCUACAGUGAGGCUGUUAGCAGAGCUGAGGACAAUUACAACGCUGCCAAAUCGAUUGCUUCUCAGCAGAUAUCCGGCACUCCGAAACCUAUUCAUGAACAAAUGUUCUCUUCGAUUGAGUCGGCCUAUUCUGGUGCCGUGGCCGCCGCGACCGAUAGACUUGAAUCCGCCCGAAGUUCUGCGUCGAAUGCGCUUCCGGAAACCAACCCCCUCGAGUCUGUUUCGUCAAUGGCAUCGACAAUUCUGCAAAACGCUCUGGCUGAAGCUUCGGCUCAAUACUCGAAGGCAAAGGUUGCUGUUGGCGCCACUGCUACCCCUGCUCAUGCAAGAUAUCUCCAAGAAGCAAGGAAGAACUAUUACGCUGCCGUUGGAAUGGCGCACGAGCAGUAUGAUGACUUUGUUGCCGCGGCUUCGAGUGUAGUCUACGGGACGCCAACACCAGUGUUGAGCAGUGUCUCGAGCGCUGUAUCGGUCGGAAUCUAUGGGACGCCUGUGCCAGCGUACCAAAGCCUCCUGGACGCCGCCGCUUCCCAAUAUUCGGCGGCCUCGUCGGCAGCUGUUUCCAGCCUGGACUCAUUCAGAUCAUCGUCGGGCACAACCGUCCAGAGCCUGUGGGAUGAAGCUGUGGCAGCUUAUUCAAGCGCUGUUGACGCCGCCUCGUCUUCGCUGUCUUCUGCCUCCUAUGCUGCAAGCACUGCUGUCUAUGGCACCCCUGCGCCAUUUUAUCAGACCGCUUUGGAAGCAGCAUCGUCACAGUAUGAGAUUGCUUCCUCCGCAGCUGCUUCCCAGAUGUCGGAAAUGCUCGAGUCGGCUUCAUCUGUCCUGGGCAUGGAAGAGACCUCCCCAGCACAGAGCGUUCUUGAUUCCAUCUCGUCACAAUAUGAUGCAGCCAUUUCUGCCGCCUCGUCAUCUCUCUCGGCCGCCAGCUACGCGGCAAGUACAGCCGUCUACGGUGCUCCAACCGGUUCCGUUGAAUCGAUUUCCAGCGUGGCAUCUGAGAACUGGCAAGCGCUCAUUGCCAAAGCUAGCGAACAAAUUUACGGCACCCCCAAACCCUUCUAUGAAGGUUUCGCUACCCAAGCUGGAGAUUAUUCUGCCCAGGUCACGGACUUUGCGAACGAUAAAUAUGUCAUCGUCCAAUCAUAUAUCUCGGAACUGAUAGUAGGCAAAGAGCCCGAUUUUACAGAAUCGGUCAUGAGUCGCCUCAGCUCCGCCUACUAUACGGGCUAUAGCUCGGCUUCCAGUCUGGCGAGCGAAGCGUACGACUCCGCGUCAUCCAUGGCCUCUUCUGUCUCCUCUGUUGCAGCGUCCUACUUCACCCCUCCACCAGAGGUCUCCUCCAUUUUGGAUUCAGUGACAGAACAAUUGAAUGCUGCUGUCGACGCAGCUAGUGCACAGAUUUAUGGCACGCCAAAGGGAACUAUCGAACAGGCAACAUCCGCUGUGGCCGACAGCUACUCCUCCGCCAGCGCAGCAGUCAGUGAAGCCAUCUACGGCACUCCCGUUGGCUAUGCGGAGGCUGCAUCGUCCUCAUUUGCAGACUUGGCAAAGAGCGCGCAGGAUGCCGUAAGUGUUGCUAUCUACGGAACGCCUACGGGGACAAUUGAAUCUUUGACCAGCGCUGCGGCCGAUACAUACUCAUCUGCGUCAUCUAUCGUUGCUGAGAAUGCGGCGGCGGCGGCUUCCGCAGUAAGCGAUACUGUCGAGAGCCUCGUCGCCAAGGCCUCAGAAGCCGUCUAUGGACCUGAACAGAGCUACAUGGAAAGCAUCAACUCACAGAUCCUCGAAGCUGUGGGCAGUGCCAACAGCAGGAUUGCGGCCAUGGCAAGUGAAGUAGGUGAAGGCGCGACGGGGGUGGUGAGUGCAGUGAGUGAAAGCGUAGAGAGCAUCGCCAGCGUGGUGAGCGAGUCAGCGAGCAGCGCGACCAAGUACGUGAAGGACGAGUUGUGAGCACAUCAUCGAGAGUGCGGAGAGUUGAGAAGGGACAGGAGCAAGUUCAGGAACGGAUGAGAAGAGCGCAGGAGAGGAAUGGACGAAUACGACAUGAUGAAUCGAUGUGAAGAACAAAGAGGGUUUGCCUCGCCCCCGACGAAACCAAAAGCAUCUGCACCAGUGAGAACCUCUGAAGCUCGAGUCCGAGCAUGUUGAAGGAGGCUGGGCUGUUGGACUUCACUGGAGCCGGAGCAGUGUCUAUAUCGACGCUGGUAAUAUCGCUGCGUGGCCCUUUGUCAAGUCUCGCUGGUAUGGGUGUCGAUAUUAUGGAUGGGUUGAUUUUUCGGCGUUGCUCUGUUGCCAAUGAUACCAUCUUCCUGUGUAUGUGUGUCUGUCUGUGUAAAUGGGCCAGUUGCUAUUUUCAAUCUGUCGAGCACGCUUUUCCCACCGUGUAAUAUACCUACCAACCGCAGAUUAAAACCCCAGUCAACGUGUUAUUACGAAGACAGCAAGUAAUACCUUGGUGGUUCAAUGAAUAUACAGAUACGCGUACAGG